CCCUCCCCCUGGACUCUGGCGUGCGAGCAGGAGACCCGGUCCCAAGACGGUCACUCUUUCUUUGAAACUUGAAAAUCAAUUUGUCAGCUAAUAUUUAGUUGUCAUUAUAUCUGUAAUGGCGUCGACUGACAAAAUGACUGACAAAGCAUCAGCGGUUUUAUUGAAGAUCCUGUGUAUCCAUGGUUACAGGCAGACUGGUAAAACUUUCCGGGAGAAGACUGGAUCUUUGAGAAAGGCUCUAAAAAAACAUGCAGAGUUUGUUUACAUGGACGCACCCAAUCUAAUCAAAAGUAAAAGUGAUGAGAGUGCCGCAACCAAUGAGGAGAGAGGCUGGUGGUUUUCUGACUCUGAGGGCGGUUUCCGUGCAGCAGAGAAAACAGAGGUCAACCCAGGCUACAAUGAGUCCGUGGAGACUAUCGCUGAAGCUCUGAAAGAACAGGGUCCUUUUGAUGGUGUCCUUGCAUUCAGUCAAGGAGCUGCCAUGCUUGCCUUGAUAUGUGGUCUAAAGGAACAAGGUGAUACCAGAUUCCAAUUCAAUUUUGCCAUUUUAGUGGCAGGCUUCAGGAGCCUGAGUUCAGGACACGAUAAUUGCUUCAGAGAGAAAAUCACCUUUCCAACACUUCAUGUGUUUGGUGACACAGACCAAGUCAUUCCAAAAGAGUCCAGUGAGGAAAUGUUACAAUACUUCACAGAGCCAGUAGUUCUACAUCACACAGGAGGUCACUAUGUACCAGCAACAUCAGCGGAGAAGAAAGUGUACAUCCCUUUCUUAGAGGCCCAGGUCAAGAGAAAGAAAGAAGAGUCAGAAACAAAUUCAUGACGACGAUGAACACACUCUAUGAAGAGCAAAAUGUGCUUUCUAUAAUUGCUGUGAAUAUCGAGGACCUCUCCAAACUAAUUUAUUAUAUCCAUCUGCAAUACUAGUACCCGGUUGGCUGCAUAUAAGACUGUACACAAAGUCGAAAGUGGCUUUACUGACCACUUGAAAAGUGUUUCUCACUGAAACCUUUUCAAGAGGAUCCUGUAUAUAAACACUGCCUGGCUAUUACUAAAUUUAUUUUCUGGUCUGCCUUGAGUGGUCUGUCAACACGUUUCAGCGUCUGUAGGUGUAACAUGGAAUUUUCUUUGUCUUAUAUCUGUUUCGUGAGGGCAUCUUUAAUGUGUAGCUUGAAAGAUUGCUCAAAAUGUUUGUGAAUGGUAACUAUUGACAGCCCCAAUAUAUCGCACUGCCAGUGCCCCAGUAUUAGUAGUUUGCCUGACAUAUCAACAACUAAUGUUCACAACCUGUUUUCUCGCUGUUGAAAUACCAUAACUUUUGGCAGCUGAAAGCAAUGUAGUUAAUUUGCAAUCUCUUCAAUUAGAAGCAUCUAUGAAUUUGAAUAGUGUAUUCAAGAACAGAGUGCUACAGAAUUGCUUUUUUUCUUCCACACUUGUGCCCUAGAUUUAAAAUAUAGGUUUUUUUUAUAUCGCACUGCCAGUGUCAUAGUAAUUUGGUUGUCCCCAGCUACACAACAAAAGAGAACUGUUGUAGCAGUCUGCACACAUAAUAACACAAUGGUAGAAAUAACAGAAGUGAGUAAAAAAUAUUGUAUUUUAUUUGAAAAAUAAUGUUCAAUUUGAUUGACUUCAUCAUGGCAAAUUUUUAUACAAAAGUUCAAAAAUAUAUAUUGUACUAUUAAAAUGAUUUCCAUCACA